CUAAUAAUAUUAUCACAAAACCUUUUGCAUCGCCAACGUUUAUUUCUAGUAAAGUGUGCAGAAAGUAGCUACAAAGAAGAAGUUAACCGCAAGCCAUGACAACAUGCAAACCCUACUUUUCAAUUAUUAUAUAUCACCGUUUACACAUAUAUAUAGAGCUAGAGAACCAAAAUAUAUGUAACUUGAUUGCAUGUUAUCCAUUGAUAUAGCAGGAAUGAAGUCACUUAUAAUAAACUGUUUGAGAAACAAGGAGAGAACAAAAUAUGGAAAAUCGAAAACGAAGAAGCCCAGCAAUAUAGCGAAAAGGUGGAAGAUUUUGAGCGGUGAAAACAACUGGAACCACCUGUUGGAUCCAUUAGACAUCGAUCUCCGCAGAUACAUUAUUCACUACGGAGAAAUGACUCAGGCGGCCUACGACAAUUUUAACUCCGAGAAGGCGUCUAAAUACGAAGGAGGCAGCCGAUAUUCCAUGAAGAAUCUGUUCCGUGAAGUAGGGCUUGAUGUGAACAAUCCCUUUAAAUAUCGGGUCACGAAGUAUCUGUACGCGACCUCGUCCACUGAAGUGCCUGAGUCGUUCAUAAUUAAGCCAGUUUCCCGAGAGGCAUGGAGCAAGGAGUCGAAUUGGAUUGGUUAUGUUGCGGUGGCCACGGAUGAAGGCAAGGAGGCGCUUGGGAGAAGAGACAUUGUUAUUGCCUGGAGAGGAACGAUUAGAACGCUAGAAUGGGUGAAUGAUUUUGAGUUUGUAUUGGUUUCGACGCCCAAAUUAUUUGGUAAUGAUGUUGAUGCUAAGGUUCACAAAGGAUGGCACUCUAUUUAUACUUCGGAUGAUCCUAGAUCACAGUUCAAUAAGAGUAGUGCCAGAGAUCAGGUUAUCGGAGAGGUUCAGAGGCUAAUGGAAGAAUACAAGAAUGAAGAGAUUAGCAUAACUACUACAGGUCACAGUCUAGGAGCCGCCGUCGCAACUCUGAAUGCAGCUGAUAUCGUUGUCAAUGGAUUCAACAAGCCUAAAGAUCAGCCGAAUAAACCAUGCCCGGUGACAGCUAUUGUAUUCGCCAGUCCUCGUGUUGGAGAUUCCAAAUUUAAAGAUCUUUUUUCAAAUUUGAGUGAUCUUCGAGCACUACGUGUCACAAAUAAUCUAGAUGUUGUUCCAAAUUAUCCUAUAAUAGGUUACUCGGAUGUCGGCCAAGAGCUAGCCAUCGAUACCACUAAAUCUCAGUACCUGAAGAGCCCAGGAAACUUGUCAAGUUGGCAUAACAUGGAGGGUUAUCUGCAUGGAGUUGCUGGAACACAAGGCACCAAAGGAGGAUUCAAGUUGGAGGUUGAUCGAGAUAUCAGCCUAGUUAAUAAGAGUGAGGAUUCUCUGAAAGAUGAGUAUGGGAUUCCAGUGUCGUGGUGGAUCGAGAAGAACAAGGGGAUGGUUCAACAAGAUGAUGGAUCAUGGAAACUGAUGGAUCAUGAAUUUGAAGAAUUUUAAGAGAUUUAGAGUGCCAUGAACAUUGAUUUAAGGAGGUCAAUAACCCUUUUUUUUCACUUUAUUUCACUACUUGUUUCCUUAAACUUUUUAACCGUAUCAUUCUUUGUGGGUUUUGUAAUUAUAAUUACCAUACUUCUUUUUUUUAAGAA